AUGUCUGGUGACUUGAGUGCCCUUGUAGCUCGUCUUGAAGCAGUCACAUCACGUUUAGAAGCUGCAGCUGACAAGGCCGGCGGCGGAGAACCAGCAGGUUUGAAAGUUCGCUGAAAGCAUAGCGUUACUUCAUACGGAAAUUUUAUAUUGGAGAGAGUUUUUAGGACACGUAGUUUAGAUUGAGUGUGAUUAAAGGAUUUGACUUUAAAUUGCAGAUUUGGGAGUUAUUGUUGAAGAGUACGACCAGGUAAAAUAAGUGACAAUUGCUUCUUACUAGAAGAGAGAAUUGUAAGGUCAUGAUCUUCCUUACUUGUUGUGAAUUUGAAAUUUUAGAUAUUUUCGGCUUCGCAAAUUGAAUGAAAAUAUUUCAAAUAUACUUAUCGCUUCUGUUUUCGUAGGUGCUUAAGGGUAACGUGGCCGAAUUUUUUAAGCUGUCGAGCAAAAUUGGUGGCGAUGUAGACACCCAGGUAAUGCACAGAUGCUAACUUCAACUCCCAAGUUGAUCCAUCAGUGCAUCCCUAGUCAUAAUUAUGUACAUUGUUAUACCAAAUGCAACUUAAAUUCACUUCAUUCAUUGUCGUUAUGUUAGAAGAAUGUAUGUAAAUGUACCUUUCAGUUUCAUGUGAUCAAAAUGCCUUGUGCUGAUUAUGUAGUGUGGUUGUCUUGCCAACUGGCACUAAGAAUGGACCUGUCGCUUGUGACAGGGAAAUUUCUGGUAGAGUGUACUGCCUAGGUCAUCAUUUAGGAUGCUAAAUGGUAAAAUUGCAUAUCACAUGUAAGAAUUAGGACUCUUUAACCCUUUACACCCCAACAUCAAUAUACAUGUUCUUGAUAUUGUUCUUUAUACAUUUCCUAAGGUGCUGACAAAGAUAAUUUGUUUACCAAUCAAAAGCCUCUUUCAUGAGGCCUCUUUUGGGGAUCAUUUCCUUUAUUCUCAUGACCUUAAUGAGUGAUUCAGCAGUGAUAUUGUAGGGAGAAAUAAGAUGCCAGUCACUCUCAGGGUUUGAAGGGUUAAACCACACCCUGUAAAGCACUUCCCCAUCCAAGCUUUACACUUAAAUUCCCAUCUGGGAAUUUAAGAUUUGAGAAUGUUUUGAUAAAGAUGAGUAUGUGUUAAUGAUGGAAUUUUUUUGUCACUUGUUAGGCAGUAUUAAUGGAUUAUUUUUGUCAUGGAUUUCUUUGAUUUUAAUAAGGCUGUAGGUAUUUCAACUCACAAAUAUGUUAUCUGUCUUGUCUAGGCAAAGUUGGCUAAGAAAGUGUUUGAUUCUCAAAGGGAAUUUAUUGUGCUUGCCUCUACGUGUCAAAAGCCCAGUCAAGUAAGUACUGGAAAAAUUAUAUUUAUUUCAUCAGGGGAGAUUUGCUUUGAGUGUUUUUACCUUUUAUAUUAUGAAUUUCACUCUACUAGGGUCAGGUUUGUUUUGUUUUGUUUUGUUAAUUUGUUUGUUUGUUUUUUUAAUAAAAGCUGCUCAUUUCAUGACCAGAAACUCCAGACAAUAAGGGAUUACACUGUUUCCCCCUGCCUCAGGCUUGCAAAUGAAUUGGGGAAUUUCCAAAAUUACAGUGCCCCUGACUUUCCAGAUAUUAAGUCAAGGUCAUGGUAACAAAGUGAUUAAAGAAAGAAACCAAAAGAAAUCCCUGUAACACAGAAGGAAAAGUGGAAGAUUUCCAAUUUUGUAUGAAAAUUUUUUAUGUCAGAUUUCUCUGACAUACAAGAUCUAGCCAUGAUGAUUAUGAUAAAGUGCCUAACCCUUUAGGUCCCAAGAUUUGGUUAAUUUUCCCCUCUAGCUGCUACACAUUUUCUUGUAAACCAGUUUUGAGAAUUUGGUGUGAGAUGAAGAGAACAAAUUAUACCGAUAAGUUUGAGUAUUCUUGUCACCUAAAUUGCUGGAUAAUGUUGGAUGUUAUCUAGAGAAGUAACACGUUAAUCACUUUCCGGAGUUAAAUUUUCAAAAUAAAUUCCCAAUGUUCAGAGCAAGAAAAGAAUUACUGUUGGUUUCAAGGUUUUGAAUUAUGUUUGUUUUCAAUAAUUUUGUUCUGUGUGCCAAGAAUUUUGGCAAGGAUUAUAGAUAUAGCUCCAAAAAUUAAUUUGUAGAAGUUAAGCAGGGAAAUCUUUGAGUUCAAGGGGCAAGAAAUAAGCUGUUGGAAAGUAAACUCAGAACUUUAAUCAACAGGAUGAGUUUGCGAAGAUAUUGAAACCACAGGCAGAUUGUAUUGGUGAAGUACAGGUAAAUGCACUGAUAUUCAGCAACUAUUUACCAAAGGGGAGGUGGUGUAUGGUGGAUGUUUACCAAGGCGCAAAGUUAGCCAGCAACACUGAGAUGAAUAGUUGUGUUAGUUUAAAUUUUGUGCAUGUUGCCCAGAGGUGAAUAGCAGAAGAUACCUGGAGUUUUGGUAGCCCAUCAGAGAGCACCUUCAAAAUUAUAUACUGUUAAGUAGAUAUAAAAGAAAUUACCCUUAUUAUCACUUGUUAUGAAUGAUGUUUAAAAUUUAAUUUUGUAAUUGUGUGAAUCUCACUUCUUGCUAGCGGCAAUGAAUACAAAGGAAAGAUUAAUUGCAUAUAAAGCUGGGAAAUUUGAGAAAGAUAAGUUUUAAAGUACUGUAUUGUAUUUUGAGCGUGUUGAGAAUUUCCAUGUAAAUUUUUAAUAGAGUUUUCGUGAGAAGAAUCGUGCAAGCAAGCUUUUCAACCACCUGUCAGCCCUUAGUGAAGCCAUUCCUGCCCUUGGAUGGGUUAGUGUGGUAAGUGAAAAGUCAGAAUCUUUAUUACGAUACAAUUUUAACCAUCAGAAAGAACAGUGUGCUCCUACAAACCCAACCACUUUAUAUGAAAUACCAGGGCAUGAAAUUAACUUUUUUUUCUGAUAGCCACUUGGCUCCUAAAUUCUUCAAAGUGGUAGCCAAUUAAAAAAAAGUUGGUUGCCAUUUUCAAAGACAAACAAAAUCUUUCUUUAAGCUGUCAGCGUUCUAGAUAGACCCUCCUAAAUUAAGUUAGGGAAAGGAUCUGUAACAUGCUACAAAGUGGACACUAGGAUGGAUGAUAUACAACAUUCAGGCUCAUCUAAAUCCAAGAUGGCGUCUAGUUAUCGAUCGAGAUGCAUGUGCUACGUUUUGGAAACAAACUUAACAAGGAAGUUUGCCGCGGAUUUAUCUUUGCAAAUCUUUUUAAUUCACUAUAUCUCUUGGUAAGGUUAUGACGAAACGUUCUAGUCGCCAAUUUGGCGACUAACUUUCAGGAUUUGGUCGCCAAAGUGAAAAAUUUAGUCACAUUGGCGCCUGUAUUAGGGGCAAUUUCACGCCUUGAAUACUCUUACUAAAGAGUAACUCCUGUAGACUAUUCAUUAAUUAUCCUGAUAAACUUACUUAAGCCCACUACAAACUAUAACUUAGCUCACCACUGACACAAACUAACAGUUGCCUCCAAAUCUCCUGGAAAUACACAAUCUCUGAAAUAUAUCACAGUAGCUCUCUCUGUAUAGCUUUCCUAUAUGGCUGAGUCCUUAUAUACAGUUGGGCUCCUAAUUAUGAAAUAAUUUUAACAAACUCCUUUCUUACAGGACCUUUGCUUGAAUAUGCCACUCCCUCUCCCCCCCUUCACUCAUCAGAAAGCCUUAGAAAUUAAAACAACUUCCCUUGGGUACACCCCUGGGUACAUAUUAGUAAAAGUAUGUACAAUCUUAAACUUCAAUAGGAUUACACAAACAUCUAAAACAAGCAAGAAAUGCGAAUAGUACAGUGCAGUUCUAAAGAAAAUAUCCUUCAUAACAGUAUCAGGUGAAAAAGGGUUUUAAUGAUUCAUUCUGGAUUUCAAACUAAAAUGGGAAGUUGCAUGAUUGAUUCCAUUCUGAUAGAGCCCCACUCCAGCUCCACAUGUAAAAGAAAUGGUUGAUGCAGCACAGUUCUACCUUAACCGAGUAUUGAAGGACUUCAAAGGAAAGUAAGUCUGGGUGUUUAAGUCAAAAAAAUUUGAAACUUAUCAGUUUUAGAGAUUCCAUGGUAUGUCAUUUUGGUGUGAUUUGAUGUGAUGUGAUGUAAUUUAAUUUAAUGUGAUGCAACAUGACCAUUGAGGCAUCAUUAAUAUCAUAUGUCCAAUUAGCAGUUAGUUUUUGAAAUUUUGUUGAAUAAUUGAUUCCUAUUAUAUAGUGGUGAAACAGUUCUGUUCACUGGAUAAGUCAUAAAUAUUUUUGUUUGGCAGAGAUGAAACACAUGUGGAGUGGGUGAAAGCUCUUAAAAAUUCCCUUAUGGACCUUCAUGCAUAUGUUAAAGCUCAUCACACAACUGGUGUAGUGUGGAGUAAAACAGUAAGUAAUUCCUCCAUCUGUUCUCUUAAACAACACAAAAACAAAGGUCUUUGUAGAUAAUAAUCCUGUUGUUCAUUCCCAGUUUUGCAUCAGAAAUUUUUAAAUGAAUGUGGCUACUGACUGACCAAUUGACUGGUAAGCCAACUAACUGGCUGGCUGGUUUACUCACUGAAUGAUCUGUACAAACAGCUGUUACCCUGCUGAUGCUUUGACACUGAUUUUCUUGUUGUUCUUCAUUUUUUAAUAGGGAAAUGUUGCCAAAGCUGGAGCAGGGUCUGUGGCACCCCCACCUGGUAAACCUGCUCCCCCACCCCCUCCUGCUGUGCAAGCCCCUACCCCUGUUGCCUCAGGGCAAGAUGUAAAUGUUGCAAAUGCAUUAUUUGGUGAGAUCAACAAGGCAGGCAUGAAUAUUGCUGCGGGUACGUGUACCUUCAUUGUCAAAUUUGUGUGAGUUUCCUGUAACCUCUGAGUGGUCCUUGUAUGUGCCUUCAAAACUUCAACUAUCUAGCCCUGUUAAUGAAUGAAUCAUCUCCUCAACAGUUAAACACUAUGAGCAGGUUUAUUUUAAAAUGAUUUCUAACCUAAAACAUGGUUUUACCAAAUUAGUGGGCCUCAGGCUUUCUCUACAAGAAGAUUGAUUUAAUUGAAUAAAUAUCCUUCCUCUGUUAGCUUUUGGCUCUCAUGAAACUGUUCACAAAUGUUGAAUGUUUAGAUAAAUGUUUUGGGUAAAUUGAGGGUUGUUGUUUUGUUAAAUAAGGGCGAAACUUUGUUUAACUAACUUGCCCUAUAAAUGUCCUGGCAAAUUUGCAAACCAAGAAACAGGAUUUCUUUGGGUAUAUGUUUAUAAUGACUUUUCAUAAGGUACAGUUGUUACCCAGUGAUUCCAAGUUCAACUCCCUGUAUGGGCUUGAUGUUUAGCAUGUAGUCCCCAAUCAUCCACAAAGUAAGGUAGUCUUUUGGCAGAACAGAACUUAACUGGAUGGAGCUGUUUUAAAAAAACCCUUUCUUGCAGUCAUUAGGGAAGUCAGAAGGAAAUGUCUGAUCCAAGAACACACAAUUAUUGGUUUCUUCUUCCCACACAGGACUUAGGAAAGUAAAGGAUGAGGAGAAGACUCACAAAAACAAAGAACUGAGAAAGACUGGGCCUGUUCCUGACAAACCAAAACCAGCUGUAGUUGCCCCUAAGCCCAAAGCUGCAGCUGCCAAAAAACCUCCAGUGUUUGAGCUGCAAGGGAAGAAGUGGGCGGUUGUAAGUUUAACAUACUUUGGAUGAUAUUGUAGUCAGUUAAUUGUAAUGUUAUCAGCAGUUCUAAACAGAAAUACAAAUGUGACGACAUGAAGAGAACCAUGACAGUAGCAUCCAGAACUGGGAAAACUGAAGAUUUCAUGAGAAAAACAUAUGCUUUUCUUUUAGAUUUAAAAACUUUGCACUUUUACAGGACAUUCAGUUUUAAACAACAAUGUGAAAUCACCAACUUUUGGGUAGUCUGAGAACGUGAUGUCAAUUUGCAAGUUAUUCUUGUGUCUGUUCAAAACUCAUUAUCUUAAUAUGUUCUGAAGAAAGAGAGGUCUGUUACUGUUGAAGUUUUUGUAGCUUCGGAAACAUCCCAUCCAUAUCCUGGCCAUCCAGCGAUGCAUUUCUAUCAGUUAUGGCAUUUGCUAAAAAGAACUUUGAAAAUUUGUGCCAUAGCCUUUUAAGUAGGGCUGUUAUUUUGUGUACGACAAACUGAUAUUUUGUUUUCCAGGAAUUUCAAGAAAACAACAGAGAGCUUGUGAUCGCGAAGCCAUCAGUAUCACAAACAGUUUACAUCUAUUGCUGCAAGAACAGCACCAUUCAGGUCAAGGGCAAAAUCAAUUCCUUGGUUGUAGGUAAGUCCUAAGGUCUAUAAUGUUUAGCCCCCAUCCUAACAGCUGUACUUUUGUUGAGAACUGGGACUAGUAAAGGUUACAGAGGAAACUUGUUGGAGAAGUGUGUUAUCCAAGAUAGGGGAGAAACAAUACUGAUGCAUAUUGAAAUAGUGAGCCAUUUGUCGUUUGUUUUAAUUUGUUACUUGCUUCUUUGUAAAGUCAGUUUUUUGAGAUUUUAACCCCUUUAACUUCCAUUAGUGGCCAAGACAGAAUUUUCUUUACAAUUUCAAUACAAUAUCAAGCAGUCAAUAAGAGAGAAUAAAUAAAAAUAUCAGUGAGGAGAUUUUCAAUGAAUCAAAUACCAAAUUCUCCAAAUUAACAUCUUAAAAAUUGGGUGGCAGACAGUAAGGAGAAUUACUAAUGAAAUCUUGGGACUGGAAGGGUGAAGAGUUUAUCUGAUGCAAUUGGAAUACCAAACCCCUCUUCUGAUGAAUCACACCAAUUUAAGUUCUACUCAAUGUUCAUUUAUUUUUUAAAUGAUGUGUUUCUUUGUGUUUAAUCUCAGAUGGCUGUAAGAAAACAGCAGUGGUUCUCGAGGAUGCCAUUGGCACCGUUGAGUUUAUCAACUGCCAGAGUAUGCAGUGUCAGGUAAAUAACAAGGACCACACAUUAUAAUUGCCUCAGAGUGACAAAUUCCAGAUAAUUAUUGGAUGCAAGUAAUACCUCAGGGCUGGAAGGUCAGCAGUCUUUUCAAGAAGCAGUGUUCACUUCUGUAUGGUAAUAUGAUGAACUGACAGGUUUUGUUAUCAUCUAGAUUAAUGGCAUGGUUCCAACAGUGUCAAUUGAUAAGACUGAUGGCUGUCAAGUGCUCUUUCCUAGUGGCAUUGGCAACACAGAGAUUGUGACUGCCAAGUCAUCUGAGAUGAAUAUCAUGAUGCCAAAGCCUGGUGGGGAUGAUAUGGUAAGUGGCUCUAAAUUGUGAUAGUUUGGUGUGAUUGUCCGGGUGAGUGUAGUCCUGAGAAAAACUGUUGAUGGUAGUGGUGACUGACGUUCAACAACCUGGGCAGAAUCAUCUCCAUUCAAAUUAUUUUACUUUACACCCAUUAGUUGGACACUUGACACUGGUGUUCAGAUUGAAAUAGUUGACUGUCAUCAAAUGCUACUCAUUCCAUGUCUUGCUUGUUCUUAUUGUUGUUUAAGAUGUAAUUAAACUGUUUUGUUGCUGUUAUGUUUGUUUGAAAUUGUUGUUGCUACUUUUUUGUAAUUGGAAAAUUUAAAAAAACUAAGGCCAACAAUUCUAUCUUUUUUUCCUAAUCUCUUCUUUCUAGGUGGAAUAUUGUUUGCCAGAACAGUACAAGAGCGUAUGGAAUGGCAAAACAUUUGUUACCACUUGCAGCGAGUCUCUUGGAUAA